AUGCGCUCGCUCGUCGUGUGUCUUUUGCUUUCUGCUUGUGUUCUCGAAUGCACCGCCCGUCUUCAGAAUAUUACUGUUAAUGGAGUUGCCGUUUGCAACAAAAAACGUUUGGCUAACGUUCAAAUCCAACUCUACGAGAAGGACACCCUUGACCCAGAUGAUCUUUUGGCUACCAAGAACACUGAUGCUGAGGGAGAAUUCUCAGUUUACGGAGAGGAAGAUGAGACCCACACCAUUGUUCCAUACCUUUUGAUCACCCAUAACUGCAACCCAUCCAAGCCAAACUGUGUCCGCGUCGGAAAGUACUUGAUCCCAGAAGACAAGAUCGGAGGAACCUACGAUAUGACCUACGUCACUCUUGACAUCAAGGUUCACGGAGAGAAGGAACAGUGCAAGUAA